UCUGCUUCCACUUUUACCAUUUUAUAUUAUUUACUCCUCCACUGUUCCUUCCUCCUUCGCUUCUCGUGAGCGGUGAAUCCUCUUCAGGCCCCAUUAUUUGCGAAUAUUCCUCGCUCACGUUUCAAAUCGGCAGCCUCGGUUCUCCAAAGCGGAGCCAGUAGAGCCGCAUUCGAGCUCCAGGAUUGCUGGGGCGCAGAUACUAUGGCGAUCGAUCAAUCCCUUAAGACGAAGAGGGGGAGGCCAGCAGGAGCAGGUUCCCCCGCCGCCAAGAGCAUGAGCAAGAUGGAGCAGAAGAUGGCGCUGGUGUAUCAAAGGCUCGCGUUGCUUGACAGCGAGAGUGACAAGGAUGCUGAUGUUGUGCCGAUUGUGAAAUUGGUGAGGUCCUACAGCAGUACAGCUUCAGCUCAACUGCUCAACGCAGAUUAUUAUGAGGAUGAGGAUCUUGCUACUGUUGUUGAUCAACAGCCUACCAUAAUUAACUGCGACAACACAGAUAGCGAGGAGGAGUAUGUUCCUUUGCGGAUCGUGCGGCCAGGGAGAGGGGACAGUGCGCAAAAACGGCUUCCCUGUCUUUCUCAAACACACGAUGACCACAAUAUUAACACUGCUACAAAUAAGAGAGAGAGGCCAGCAAGUUCCCAGUCUGCCAAGAGCAACAAGGAGCAGAAAAAAACAUUGGUAAAACCAAAGAUUGCCUUGAUUGAAAGUGUCAGCACUAACAGCAGUGCGAGCGACAAAGAUGAUCAUCUUGUGCCCAUGGUAUCUGGUGUUAAUGGAGAAAAGACAUUUGCAAGUGUUCAAGGUAACUGUGGGUCUGCUAUGGAGAGAGCUAAGGAACUACAGGGGAAGUUACCAGCAGAACAUCCUAGCUUUAUCAAGCAUAUGCUACAAUCGCAUGUUAUUCAGGGUUUUUGGCUGGGUCUGCCGUGUGACUUCUGCAACAAGUAUCUCCCGAAGCAUGACACUGCUAUUGUACUUGAAGAUGAAGAUGGGCGCAACUAUGAUACGAAGUAUCUAGGUACCAAGCAAGGACUGAGUGCUGGGUGGAGAGGUUUUGCUAUUAAUCAUGGUAUUAAGGUCGGAGAUGUUGUGGUAUUUCAACUUGUGAGUUCAACAAAAUUUAAGGUCUAUAUAUUAAGGGCAACUAACUUCAGUACAACUGACGGGGCACUUGGUCUCCUGUGUUUGGAUGCUGGCAAGGAAAAGAUGCCGAAACAAGGAAGUUCCAAUGGUGUGCAGUCUAAGGAGGAACCAAAGCUUACUAGAGUCAGCAGCAAAGUAAUUCACAGUGAUGGCAGCAAUCUAGUGAGCGAAUCAAUAGAUGGCAUCCAAUUUUCAGAAUCAGAUAUCGAUUUUGACAAUGUGGCAAGUUUCAGCAACUUCAGCAUCAUCGUAGACAGUUUGGUUAUCGACUGCAAGUUUCCCAACCACCUACGCAAGACAUACUACGAGCUCUGCCGCGCCCAGAAGUCGUUCCUGCACAAGAAUCUCCUCAAACAGAUAAACCUCACGCUUGCUGUAGGAGUGAUCAUGGAGACUAUCAACAUCGCGGAGGGUAUCAGGGCCUGCAAGGCGCACACUUCUUCCAGGGAGGACUUUGUGAUCUGGAAGAAGACCUUGGAGUCCUUUGAGCUCCUAGGCAUGAACGUUGCAUUCUUGCUGAAACGCAUGGACCAGCUCCUCGGCCUUCCUGAUCGAUCAAGAGAUCUUGUGGAGUGCAAAGAGUACAAGGAGAUAAAACUCGAGCAGGCUCAAGCCAAGGAGAAAAUUCAAGACCUUGAAUCCAAGAUGUUGAACCUGAAGGAUACGCUGAAGAACAUGGACGUGGAGAUGGAGGAGAUGGAGUCGAGCGCGAAGAGAAGGGAUGAGAUGGUGCAGCGGUUAGCAACUGCGCCAUGGUAGCAAGUAGCAACAUGAACGUGGGUUCCUACCGGCAGUAUUUUGGGCGCCAUCGCCAUUCGGUACAGAGGAAGAUGCACUGGAUGGUAAGAACUGCGUGAUCUAGCAGCUUUGCAGGAGGUGAGAACUGCACUGUGGUGAUCGUGUCAGUUAGAAGAAGCGACGUCAUUUUGUAUACAACUUCUGUAACUCGGUUACACUUCUUGCACAGCAACUAGGAUGCUGCUGUUUUUGUACACACCAAGUCGUGUAACAUAUCCGCACCAUUCCCCGUAUGUAGUUUGCCUGGGACUGCACUGUAACAGUACUGGAAAAUGGAAAGAAGUGAUUUGCGGAACACCUCA